AUGUCAGCAAAUAGUGCGAGUGCUCCUCGGACAAGUUGGCAGGACCAACUUAAAGCCCACUGCAAGAACCAUAAACUCGACGCACCCCUAUUUAACAUCUACACCGAACGACGAGGUGGUCGCACGGCUUGGACCUGCGUCGCCUCUGUCCAAGGGAGGCAGUAUCCGGCUCAAUUCUGGUACGACGGCAAUUACGUCAAUAAUGCCAAAGAGGAUGCUGCCGAAAAAGCCCUGAAUGUACUCAGUCCACAGCCGUCCCGUAAUAACACCAGUUACCCGGGCCAAAUGUAUGUUUGCCCGCCUCGCUGA